CGACGAGAGCGGUCGACCAGUGCGGACAGUGCGAGGAGUGGGACGACGACGACACACGUCGGAAACAGAUAACCGGACAAACGAUGCUGUGGGUGAUGCUUCCAGCAAGACCGUGUUAGUUGCCGUUUUGGAUUCGGCAGCGCAGCAGUGUGUGCAAAAGUGCAAUAAAUGUAUAUUGUGUUGUUUUUCCUCGCAGAAGAAAAUUGAUUUCUGAGUGUAUUUGAGAUCGAAAAGAAAAACUACAAUACAACUAAAAAUAAAUAAAAAAUAUUAAAAGUGACCGAUACAUGUGUUUUUCAUCGACUUGAGAGCGUGUACUCUUCCGAGUUGGAAAACAAAAGCCAGGUUCGGUGUAUAAAUAAAUUUUCAUCAAAGUGAAAAAAAGAAAAACCCGGGAGCAUUUUCCGUGAUUGAGGAAGACACAAACGAGCCGCCCCGAAGGCAGCGUUUUAGAUUAAGAGAUCAAAAGGUGUCUGGCUGCGGUUUUCCGCCUGCCUGUGUGGGAGUUUCUUUUUGUUGUUGCUUCUCGGUGUGGUUUGGCGGUGAGUUCGUUAAGGAAGAAGAAAAUGAAUUGUUAUGAUAAUUGGUUCUGAAGCAGCUAGCAGCGUUAGUUCAGUGUUCAGAGAGGAAACAGAACCCCAGAAGCAGUAGGCGACGACGACGACGACGGAGGUCGGUUGCGGUGCGGUGAAGCACGUGAAAAACGACGAAAAACAGAGCUUGCUACCGGGAGCUGGAUCGCGGUAGGCCGUGGAGUGCGGCUGACAACGCAACAACAACAAGUGAUUCCUUCGUGAUUCAAGCUGACAUGUGGUCAUCAGUUUGAGAUUUUCAACGGUUCUUCAAUGUUUCACUGAUCACACGUGAUGGACUAAACGCCUAAAGGAUGGACUUUUUAAAGGCGGUUCAGAAUGGCCACUACGAGGCGGUGCGGUCGGCGCUGGCCCGGAUCGACAUCGAUUACCAGGACGAGAAGGGUGCCAACAGUGCGCUGCACGUGGCCGUCGGUUCCAAGCGCAACAAGACCAAGCUGAUCGAGCUGCUGAUCGGCGCUGGAGCGGAUUGCGAUCUGAAGAACCGGGAUGGGCUGACGGCGUCCGAGUUGGCGCUGGAAGCGGGAUCACGCAGCGUGGCGGAAUUUAUGGUCCGGAAGGAGUUUGAAGGCGUUCCGGACGAUCGAGCGGUGUAUCGACUCGUGAGGAGAGGAUGCGUGGAGCUGUUGAAGAUCUACUUGGAGAAGAGGGCGUUCGACAUUCACACCAAGAUGAAACUGAUCGGUAGGGUCGUGGAUGAGCUGAGGGUGAAGGGAGUCGGGUUCGGCGAGCAGAUGAAGGUGUUUCUGGAGUAUCAGCUGGUGGAGUACAGCUACCGUUACGGAGCAAAGAGGAAAACUGUGGACAGUGCUGGCGCUGGUGGUGAUCAAGAGGCUGAACGAAGAGUGGCGUUGAUCGUGAGCUAUACCAAAUAUUUGAAGGAGAACUACGACGAGGACGAUUUGAACGAUCUGGACGAUCGGUUCGUACUGAGGCUGAGAAUGAUUUGCGAGUGUUGCUACUUCUUGGAGGACAUUGAGCGAAGAAGGGAACGAAAGCUGUACGAUCACAUCCCACUCGCCGAGAUAACUUACUUGAUCGGAGUGUUUCUGGCGAUCUUGGAGAAGCACGUCGGCUUUGAGAUUUACAAGUUGGUUAUUAAUAAAAAUAUGAUUAUGUCAUAUUUGGGGGCGGUGAGCGAGGAGUUGCGAGUGGCAACGCACGGCAAAGACGAUGAUGGAAGGCGACACUUUCAAUGGACGCUGCAGCUGUUUGUCGAUCUCAUCGGGUGCAUUCGCGAGGAGCGUCUUUUGCGAUAUGUUGCACGGAGAAAGCGCUUCAACGGAAAACUACGGCGGAUUGCGACGCUGGACGAGACGCAACUGACCGCGGCGGAUCACGAGGCGUUGCAGGCGGAAAUUCGACGCAAGGAAUUCCAAGAGGGCGUUGUCACGCUGGACGAAUUUGUGCAAUGUCUAAAGAGUAGCGAACGGUGGACAAUCGCGGCUCUUUGGCACCGGCAACAUCCGAAGCUCCGCCUCCCGAAGCGACAGGUGCAGUUUGUGGCGGGACGGCACGAGCUCGCCAAAAUCCGAUCGCGCACCACCGAAGAGCUGAGUAAAAAUAAAACCAAACUCUUGGAGCGGGAGAUGAACUCGCGCGAAUUUCAGUCUCUUGGCAGCACAGUAGGCCGGCGAAAUCGCGCCAUCUUCGGCCGGAUACGGAAGAGCUUCGACGCGAUCAAGCAAAUGUACACCGUUAAAAAGAUCGCCUACUACGUCGAGAAUGCGAUCGUCAUCGAUAUGGACGACCUCGCAAAUGAAACGCUGUGCGUGCUGUCAAUCAAGCGAGUCCUUCACCUCAUCGGCGAAUCAAUCAAAGCAAGCGAACAGCAACCGAAAGCUUUCGUCCGAAUGUUGGAAAACGUGCUCGACCACGUGCUCUCGUCCGUUGAAUCCACCCACAAGAACAAAGACGUUCGUGACUUUUUCUCUCAAAAAUACUCCCUCGCGAAAUAUUUCAUCAGCAAAUCCCUCGACAUGGUCCAGUACAAGCUGAUGCAGGACAGUCUCCGCUCGGUGUACCGGUUCUUCCUGUACGUCAUCAACAUCCAGCUGAUCGAGGCUUACAAAACGUUCCUCGGAACGGCCUACCGGUUACGCAACCUGUCCCAAAUCAAGUCCUACGCCAAGUACAUCGGCGAUCACAACUUGCACACGCUCAGCCACAUCAAGUUCGAGCACGUGUUCUACAACGAAGACGAAACGGCCGGUAUCAUCCACGAGCUGAAGAAGAUGUACUCCGGAAUGUCCAACGAGCUCAAGCUGCUUUCCUUCAUCGAGAAAAAUAUCCACUUCCGCUUCUACCACAUGCAGUACCACCAAACGAGACUCCGAGUCACGCUCAGUAACUUCUCCAUCGUGUACCGCGCUCUCCGCUCCAAUCCCUGCUUCACCAGCAUCCGCAAGCUGCUGCACUCGUACCUCCACCAGAGUUACCAAAAGUACGACAUCUCCAAGUCAAUCUCCAUCUCGGACUCCACCCUAGCCCUCAAGGAACUCCUCCGGCCGUACAGCAGCAUCGGCGAGAGCGACGAAACCCUGAUGGUGGUGAAGCACCUCGAGCAGCUCCAGGAGCUGAUGGACCCGGAUCGGCUGUUCGGCAUCAACCCGGUACGCUGUCGAAGUCGACUGCCAGAAGCCGGCAAGUAUCACCACUUUACGCGCAAGAUCCUCAAAGAGAUGGACCUGCAACUGGGCGAGGAGGACUUUGGUCAACUGCACGAGAAGCUACGACGGACGUACUACGAGAACAUCUUCCUGCUGCAGAAUCGCCACAAGGUGAUGCAGGAGUUCUUCCGGCAGCGGGGUAUUCCGGUGGAUCCGAAGGUGCUGGCAAACUACCGGGAACGGGACGAGGAACUGCUGCAGGAGCUGUUCGACGCGAAGGUGAACGAUGUGAUUGGGAUUCUGGAAAAGUUCGAGUGCUCUAGUGUCGACGGGCUGAUGGAAUCGCUGGGCGAGUUGCCGGCGUUUGUGCAGAUCGCGCUGGAAUUUGGCCUGCUGGAACUGCUGGAGAUUCUGGUGUCGGUGAAUGGCAUUGGGAAUAACUUUGGUGCACUGCGGGGGUGUGCUCCGGUGCUGAGUGGACGGAAUCUUAGGGGUUAUCUGACGGAAGAUUCGCUGGUGUUGGAUCUGUUGGUGUUUAACUCGAACGCCACGGUAUUUCUGAACGCGCUGGUGUUUUCAAACGCUGGAUUUAAGCUGUACGGAGGGGGUGGAGUUCACGUGCAGGACGCACCACUGGAGACGAUCUGCUUCGAGGAUCGGUUCAAGGAGCGCUGGAAGUGGUUCGAGAUGCAAGAGAUUCUGUACGAGUCCGUGCGGAAGGGUGAUUUGGGGCUGCUGCGGGAGAACGUCGGCAACGGGUCGGAUCUGCGCGGGAAGCGGUUCGGGCCGCUGGUGCUGAAGGAGCUGUGCCAUUACAGUUUGAUCGAUUGUGCCAUUGCGGGGAGGUUUCGCGACAUGAUUGCGAUGCUGAACAGGGACUACGACGAGGUCGGUGAGGAGAGGAAGCGACUGCUGGAGUACUUGCUGAGGAGGACGGUCAAGUCGCACUUUUUGGUUGGGCAGUACUGCAAGUUGAGUUCGGAGGAUCGUAAGAUGUUGGUGCUGUACUUGUGUACGUUUCUCGGGGACGUGGACGUGUUUUUGGAGAAUCUUAAGCGAUACAACGCGUGGGACGAUCUGCACCUGUUUGUCAACUCGGAGAAUCAUGGUUUUGUUACGACGGUCGUCGAGAGGCUGAACGGGUUUGACUUCAAUCGCUGUGAUUCCAGUGGACUGACAAUUCUACACAAGGUGGUCAAUUCUGGCAAUCUGCAAGCCGUCAGUGCAUUGUGUCAGAUUAAGGGAGUUGAUCUCAACGCUGCAAGUAGCUUGAAGUACUCGGCGUUGAACCUGGCCUGCAGACUGAACUUGGUAGAUAUCGCGAGGGUGCUCGUCAAAGCUGAAGCCGACAUCAACGUGAUGAGUGAGGACGAAAAGUUGCCAGUAUUUUGGAUGAUCCAGUAUCAGAACCCGAAGGAGAUUGCAAGCUUAGCGAUCGACUCAAGCACCGAGUUGACGGCGUUCUCCAGCGAACUGUGCUUGCUUCACAAAGCGAUCGAGUUUGACAAUCUGGACGUGGUGCGGUACCUGAUCGAAGACCAGAAGGUUGACCCAACCCGAAUCUAUUCCAACUGUAACAAUGUGAUCCACGCGGCAGCGUGUUACAACCGAAGUCACAUCUUGCGAUAUCUGCUGACGCUUCCAGGCGUUCGCAAGCUGGUCAACAACACGAAUCUGGUGAAGAACACCCCGCUGAACAUUGCCUGCAAGGAGGGCUUCCUCACGAUCGCAAAAAUGUUGCUGAAGCACGGAGUCUGCACGGACACCUGCGGAGAGUACGGACUGAACGCGUUGGCCUUUGCCAUGUACACGAACAGCUUCAAGCUGAUGAAGUUGCUGUUCAAGCACGAUGCCAAGAUCAGCCUGCCCCUGAGUUCGGACUUUCAACCGCUGAACAUGGCCAUCCUGAACCGAAACAUCCCCAUGCUAAAGUAUCUACUCCGACGCAGUGAAGUGGACCCCAACUCGGCCCCGCUGUGCUUCAUCAACGCAGUCUACUCGCGCUGUCGGGAGAUUGUCCGGAUUCUGGCGGCCGCCGGCGCACAUCACGUCAACUACAAGGACGAGUUCUGCCAGACGGCGCUGCAUCUUUGCGUCGAAAGGAACGAACUCGACAUCGCCCGCGAGUUGAUCCGCUGUGGCGCCGAUGUCAACGCAAAGAACCGCUCCGGAACGACCCCACUUCAUCUGGCCGUUACGCUUGGUAACAUCCGGUUCGUGCAGCUCCUGCUGGACAGCAAAUGUUCGGUAGAUGAGCUGAACUACCACGGCGAGACGGCCCUCAUCAAGUCGGUCGUGUGCAAUAACUUAGAUAUAGUGAAAAUGUUGCUCAACAACGGGGCCAGCGUGGAACGGCUCCGGAACAGCGAACCCCCGGUGCUGCUCUACCUGGUCCAGGAAAACUCGGAGGAAAUCCUCGACUACCUGCUCCAGCACUACCGGUUCAACCCGAACGAGCAGGACGCGUACGGCAACUCGCUGCUGUACGUCGCCACCCAGCACAACCACAUCAACAUCGUGAAGCUGCUGGUGGAAAAGUACGGCGCCAAGACCAACCCGAUCAACAACAAGAAGCUGACCCCGUUGAUGAUUGCCCGCGUGCGCGAGUACAAGGAGAUCUUUAGCUUUCUGGAGGCACGCGUGGCGGAAGAGUAGGCGGUGCGUGUGUGUGUGUGGUUAGAAAAUUGUUUUGCUCUCUAUUGCUGUGUUCGUUUGGGCAACUUGAAAUCAUCCUCGAUUGUCUAAACGAAGACAGCAAAUGUUAAUUAGCACUAUUUAUUAAAAUGUUUUGUUCCCACCCCCGUCCCCAACCAUAUUACUAUUUAUUAUUAUUGAUAAAAAGUACACACAAUUUUUAUGUGCCAUAUUUGUAAGAAAAAGAUGUUUUAGCGCCACAUUGUUUGUUUUUUUAACUUCUCUUUUUAUUUUAAAUUUAUAAGAAAAACGACGUCAUCAUAGAUGAUACCAUAAAUAAAGCUAGUACUUAAGAAAGCCCCCCUCCCACUUAAGCCAUAAGAGAAUAGUUGUGAUUUGGUGUAACUUUAAAAACAAUCAUCUUGUACAGAUUCGUUCUAAGCACCCACUGUAAAUAGUUACUUAAGCGUCUGAGCAGAAACGAAUCGAUUUGUCUUAGACAUUCCAGCAAAAAUCUACAGUGUCGUCUAACUAAGUUUAACCAUUUUCACCACCAGCAAAAACAAAAAUAAAUAUCUCAAAGCUCUCUAGACAAGGCAAAUCGGUUCCGUUCCACACCCUAGCAAAAAUCUAUUCAAAAAUACAUGUAAUAAAACAAAGAAAAGUGUACAAGUUUUGUCAUUCGUCACCACUAAGCAAGUGAUAAAGAGAGAGAGCCACACACUGCUGUAAAGCAUAAAUGCAAUUUCACGUAGGUUUAAGGGGUUAGAAAUAUCUGUCUCACCGUGUUUAAGAUUUCCCGAUAGAUGUUAGAACAUCCACCCAACAAAAAUACUCGACCGGUGGAGGAACGCGUGUGCCAAUUGAAAAAGUUGAACUUUUAAUCAGUCCCAGAUUUCCAUUGUGCCAAACUUUAUUUUCACCUUUUUGUUUUGUUUUUGUUAAGUUCAGGUGCUGCAAUAAUCACUCGCGUCACGUGUGCUAUAAAAUAUGGAUUUCUUACGAAGAACUAAUCAAUAAA